AAGCACUUUCAAGGAGAAAACAUCAAGGAACUAAUUUAAAAAAAGCAAUAAGAACUCCGUUUGGGAACAAGAAAUUUUCCGUGGCGGUCAGGAAGAAUGUUUUUAUGAUCACUCCAGGAGAUGCACGACAAGUUUUAAAUGUCAGAACGAUAUUGCUUGAUGACUUAAAGUGAAGCGUGCCUUAAAGAGCAAGUCAUGGAUCCCUAAGUCAACAAUGUCCUAAUUUCCUUGUAUGCAACUGUUCUCCGAAUCAUAUUCAAGUUAUUUUAACGUUUUUUCGUGUCAAAUAUAGCAAACAUUCACUAAGGUAUGCGGCUAAUGGCAAAAGGAUGUACAUGUUGGUAAUAAGAUAAGUUUGGAGUAUCGAGUUUCAAAGACAUCACGCAAUUUCAUGACAAAACACUGAAUUUAGGUCGACAAAUGCGUUCUUUGUAAAAGCUGUUCAUUAUGAGCGUGUCGUCUCGGCAACCCUUGAUUCGGAUCAGCAAGAAUGGAGAAAUGAGGCUUAAAAAUAAGGUAGGGGUAGCUAUAUUAAAGGAGAAUGCGCACGAAGACAGGGCUCUCAAUUCACAAAUCGUGGCCCUCAAAAAACAUCAAGAAAGGCAAGAUAAAUACAUGACUUAUAGACAACUAGACUUUGCUACAAAACAAAUCAUUGCUUCAGAAGAAAGACCGCAUACAAUUGCCACAACAAUGGUAAAAAAUGACAGCGYUUUACCUCCGAUUCAUUCGAUAAGCUUGAAUGAAAAUAUAAGGCGAAGAACGAGUGCUGAUCAAGAAGUUGGUGAUUUGAAGCCUCAGAGGAGUAAAGGAACUUGGGAAAAAGCGAUGGCGUUGGUACGAGUUGCUGUACAAAACAAACAAAGGCACGAACUAGCUGAGCAAAGURAGACUUUUAUUACUCAACAGUCUCAGUUAGGGAGACGAGGAGAAUGCAAUGAAAGGAUAAAAGAACUGGGAAGUACGAGUCUUCCGCCAUUGACAACAUCAUAUCAUGACACGACAAUGAGGUAUAGCAGACAUGCGGGACGUCGUGGAAUACAAUCGACCAAGCAGCCAUCUUUCCCUGAAAUSCUAAAAAUGUCGAGAGAAAAAUCAAAAGCGGGACUUCAAGACCCAAGGUUUUUAAAACUAGAAUCGUGUCUUGGGGGAGCACGACGGAAGAGUGUUCGCAGGCGCGAUACAUUAACAACAGACUUGUCGAAGAAAAAUGAAAAGAAACUACAGAAAAUGCAAUAGAGAGAAUAAGAAACGUAACAGCUCCUUACAGAAGAAGAAAGAAAGGAAGAAAAUAAAUUAUUUAAAUUUUGUGUAAUAUAUCAAACACGUUAAUGAGUUUGAGAAAUCAUAUAUGAAUGUCUCGUACGUGCGAAAGGCAAAAAGUGACAUCUUUUGAACUAAUAAUGUUUGCACUAAAAGCUUGUUUACUCUUGCAAUUUGCUUUCAUAAAUAUCCAAAUUACAAAGGCAAUUUUGAUUCAGGAUGUAAAAAGCUUCAUCGUCUAUGACUAAACGUUUGUGUCUGUGUCGAGUCAAAAUGUUAAUAGAUACUAAAAGCUCUAUUGGAAGACUUCAAACAGAUGAAGUGUCUAAUGACUGGCAGGGCAUCACCCUGGUGAUGUUACAUGCAUUUUUGUGAAAUAAAAAGACAAUUUCGGUGUCCGGUAUUUACUAGAAUAAAUGUCAUAUGAAUGAAAAAUAUAAUAGUAUUUKAACUGUUA